GCUUCUGCCACCACCACACAACUUUGAGCGGCUGAUGCAGAACUGUAUGCGCUAGUUUCUCUAAUUCUUUGCGGGGGGGGGACUCCUGAGGAGCGAAUGAAGAAACAAAUUUUGCUCUUGUUCACAUUUCGAGGACUGGUAAGCAAAGGGAAAAAAGGAAAAAAAAGAAAAUGUCCAAUUUUGUGUUACGGCCAGCUGAACCAAAGGAUGUAUCUGAUAUCUUGCGACUCAUAAAGGAACUUGCUAAGUUUGAAGAGAUGGAGGAGAAGGUGCUGCUCACUGAGAAAGAUCUUCUUGAGGAUGGCUUUGGGGAUCAGCCAUUCUACCAUUGCUUGGUUGCAGAAGUCCCAAAAGAUCAGAGCACAGAAGGAUUUUCUGUGAUUGGCUUUGCAAUGUACUACUUCACAUAUGACCCAUGGAUUGGAAAGCUUCUCUAUUUGGAAGAUUUCUACGUCAUGCAGGAGUUUCGAGGCUUUGGCAUUGGUUCACAAAUCCUGAAGGUGCUGAGUGAGAUUGCUGUAAAGACCCGUUGUAGCAGUAUGCAUUUCAUUGUAGCAGAAAACAACAAGCAGUCUAUUGAGUUCUACAAGAGACGGGGCGCCGCUGACCUGUCCUCGGAGGAGGGCUGGCGUCUUUUUGAGAUCCAAAAGAAGGACCUGGUGAAGAUGACAGCAAAAUAAAACAUACUGAUCACUUAUAAAGAAUUUUGGGAAUGGCAAUAACAAUGUUUCUGGGACACUUGUAAUAUUUCUGUACCUUUUAUUCUUACCUAAUUUUGCAACAUUUACCUCAUUCACAUGUAAAUUAAGCAGAUUAGUACUUAUUAACAAACUGCUUACUAGUAUAAAACGUUUUUUAAGGCUUUAUGAAGGCAAAUUACUCUGUCUUUGAAGUGAUAUUCUUGUGUAGAAGUUAUAUUAUUGUGAUUUAUGAACAAAAUAAGUGGGUAGGAAGUAACCUAUACAUUAAAAUUAACAGUAUUGGUAUGCAACAAUGAAAAUGUAUGUUAUUGUAAUCUGCAAUGUUUACAGUUAUUUUGUAAAUUAAAUCUGUAAUGGAGAUUUUUGGUUUCAUUAAUUAGAAAUGAGUUCUAUUGUACAAUGUAAUAGUAAAUGUGAUGUUAUGAAAAUGGUAAUGAAUAAAAUAUGAAAAUCUAAAUUCAUAAUUGUUAGAAAUAUGUGUAAAUUAAAUAUACCUUAGGAGAGAGAAACAACCACCCCCAACACAGCAGAGUUUGUUCAUAAAACAGAUUUUAAAUAAUAAAAAUGUCACAUUUUCAACCAUA